CACAAAAGAACAGAAGGCCUGUUUGAGAAAAUGUGGGCACUCUUGGUUCUCAUAGGUGCUGCAUCUGUUUCUGCUCACCUGCAGGAUCUUUCCUUUGAUGGGCAGAAGGUGUUCCGUGUGAUUCCACAGAAUGAUGAGCAGGUGGAAAUCCUCAAUUUCCUUGCCAGAAUCAUGGAGGUUGACUUUUGGCAGCCAGACUCUGUCACACUGGUAAGGCCAAAAAUGCAAGUUGAUUUCCGAGUUGAAGCUGAGAAGACUUUUAACGUUGAAGAUCUUCUGAAAGAAAGUGGAAUGGAAUAUCAGGUUCUGAUUGACAACCUGCAGGCUGCACUGGAUGCCCAGUUUGACAGCCAAGCUCGUACUUCCAGCCACAGCUAUGUGAAGUACAACAACUGGGACACGAUAGCUGAUUGGACUGCUGAUAUUGCUGCUCAGAACCCAGACCUUGUCUCUCGCAGUGUAAUAGGGAACACAUAUGAAGGACGGCCAAUGUACCUUCUCAAACUGGGAAAAAGCGGUGCAAAUAAGAAGGCCAUCUUUAUGGAUUGUGGUUUCCAUGCAAGAGAGUGGAUCAGCCCUGCUUUCUGCCAGUGGUUUGUGAAAGAGGCUGUGGAGACCUACGGAAAAGACUCUGCCAUGACCACACUCCUGGACAAGCUGGACUUCUAUGUUCUGCCUGUUGUUAACAUUGAUGGUUACGUUUACACUUGGACAAAUGACCGCAUGUGGAGAAAGACGCGCUCUAAAAAUUCCGGGACCUCUUGCAUCGGGACAGAUCCCAACAGGAAUUUUGAUGCUGGCUGGUGCACUCUUGGCGCCUCAGAUUACGCCUGUUCUUCCACUUACUGUGGCUCUGCACCUGAAUCUGAAAAGGAGACCAAGGCUUUGGCUGAUUUUAUUCGUGGACAUCUUUCUACAAUCAAGGCAUACUUGACAAUUCACUCCUAUUCCCAGCUGCUACUGUUUCCUUAUUCAUACUCUUACAAAUUGCCAUCAAAUUACCAGGAACUGAAUUCCAUAGCUAAAGCUGCUUCCAAAGAGCUGGCCAGUUUGUACAACACUGACUAUACAUAUGGUCCAGGAGCAACAACAAUCUACCCUGCUGCAGGGGGCUCUGAUGACUGGGCUUACGACCAAGGCAUCAAGUACUCUUUCACUUUCGAGCUCCGGGACACCGGGAGAUACGGUUUCCUUCUCCCUGAAUCCCAGAUAAAGCCAACCUGUGAAGAGACUCUCCUUGCUGUUAAAUAUAUUGCCAACUAUGUCCUUGAGCACUUGUAUUAGAAUGGAAUUCUAAAGAUUAUUAAAGUAGGCUUUAUGCAA